UGCGCAGUGUGCUCCGGCUCGGGGCAGGGCGCGGAUCGCGCGCGGUGAAUGAAGAGGAGGCACCGGAGCGGCGGCCUGCUGUUUCUAUGGUGAAGAUGGCGGCGCCUGUGCUGAGCGGCCGGAGCGGAUCAGCGAGCAGCAGCAGCAGCCCGACCGCUGCGGCCAACUACACCAUCAACAACCGGCUCGUCUGCGCGCCCGAGCUCGAUUUCAGGUCCGGAACCAGAAUGGACGAACUGAACCGACUCAUUCAGGAAUUCAGCAAACACGACCAGCGCGAGUACGACGACCAGCGCGCGCUGGAGAUCCACACGGCCAAGGACUUCAUCUUCUCCAUGCUCGGCAUGGUGCAGAAGCUGGACCAGAAGUUGCCGGUUGCUAACGAGUACCUGCUUUUGUCGGGUGGAGUUCGUGAUGGCGUCGUGGACAUGGAUCUGGAUGAACUGGGAGUGUAUAACCGUGGCUCAGACUACGACAUGGCCUUCACUUUGCUGGUCCCUGCACUGAAGUUGCACGACCGCAACCAGCCCGUCACGCUGGACAUGCGUCACUCGGCACUGGGUCACUCCUGGCUCAGCCUGCGGUUAUUCGACGAAGGCACCAUUACACGCUGGAGGGACUGCUGCAUGAUGGCGGACCACAUAAACGGCACCACUAACUACUUCUUCUCACCCACCCUGGUGGCCGACUGGUUCCAGGAAGCGGUGGCGCUGGUGCUGGCCGAGGUACAGCGCAAGCCGCAGCGAGGAAUGCCGAGGGUGGAACGGGUGGAGCGCCACAACACGCUUCUCUCGAUGAUCCUUGGUGUGGGAAGCAGCCGUAUGCUGUAUGACAUUGUACCGGUGGUGUCGUUCAAAGGUUGGCCUGCGGUCGCUCAAAGCUGGCUGAUGGAGAACCACUUCUGGGAUGGGAAGAUCACAGAGGAGGAGGUCAUAAGUGGUUUCUACCUGCUUCCCGCUUGCUCGGUUUCCGGUCGAAGGGAAAACGAAUGGCGGCUAUCCUUCGCCCGCAGUGAGGUUCAGCUAAAGAAGUGCAUCUCACCAGGCCUCAUGCAGGCAUACCAAGCCUGUAAGGCUAUUAUUGUCAAGAUGCUUGCUCAACCUAUGGUUGUUGGCCCCUACCACUUGCGCAGCAUAAUGCUGUGGGCCUGUGACCGCCUGCCAGCAAACUACUUGGCACAAGAAGACUUUGCUGCCCACUUCUUGCUGGGUCUCAUCGAUGACCUGCAGCACUGCCUUGUCAACAAGAGCUGCCCCAAUUAUUUCAUCCCACAGUGCAACAUGUUGGAGCACUUGUGCGACGAGACGGCGAUGUUUCACGCCCGCAAACUCGCGCUGGUGCGCUCUGACCCGGCCGAACACCUUCGCGCUACCAUCGAGCAAGCUAAGAGUGCUAACCGUUUGACGCAAGAAAUGCAGAGGCGUGGAAGUUCCUCUGGUCUGCCUUCACCGCAAACCGACGCUUCCUCGUCCGAUCACCAACAACCCGAUGACCGACUAGCCAAAAAACUCCAGCAACUGGUCACCGAGAACCCAGGGAAGUCCAUCUCGGUGUUCAUCAACCCGGAUGAUGUCUCACGUCCACACUUCCGCAUCGACGAUAAGUUCUUCUAAGAACCAAGGAACUCUUCCGUACAGUCAGGUGAAGCGUGUUACACGGUGUUGAAGUAAACCUGUCCAUUACACAGCGAUCCUAUGUCCAGUGUGGUGUGGUGUUGGAGAAUGUUCUCUGGGAGAAAUGUGGACUGAAAAUGGCGUCAAAGCAGCAUCCCAAAGCCUUCUGGGAAUAGAGAACUCUUAGUAAAAAAAAAUUUUCUUCUCUUUUCUGAGGUGUACUUGGACAUGCAAAAGUGCUGCGCACAGCCUAACGCGUCAUAUACGAAAAGUCCGUCUUUUUUUUUUUUUUGACACGUCCAGGCCAGCAAUUGCUGCAACAUCUGGAAAUACCGUAAAAACAUCAUCCAUGAUCGUGAAUAUACUGGAGAAGUCUAGAGACUAACGAAUAACGAAUCAGAUUCCUGUGUUUCCUAGCUAGUCCUACGUAUGCUUUCUAUCAUGUUCAACCUUUUGUGUUUCUUUUACGGAUGAACAAUGUACAAAAAACAUCUGGUUUCGAAACGAUGGUAUGUCAAAAAAGGCCAACAUUUUAUUAUUAUUUUUUUUAUAUCUGGCUAAUGGAGAACACUCAAAAUACAACUUUAAGUGCAAUUAAUGAAAAGUACAAUUACAGUAAGAGGCUUUUAUAUAUGCUGUUUUUUUUUUGUUUGUUUUGUUUGGUUUUUUUUUCCAGUCAAAAGAAUGCAAGUUUAAUAUUUGGUCGGCUGUGUAAGAUCCCAAAGCAUCGCUGCUAUCAAAAAAUGUAUGAAAUUUCAUUUUUAAAAAAAAUCAAAACAUUUCAACAGCUAUGGCUAACCAUUGUAAUCAAUCAAAACAUGCAUAUCAUAUAUCAUAUAACAAAUGUAUCAUUCAUCCAAAAGAAAGAAUUUGAAGAGGGUACAUUUGUACUACGACAGAUCUCCAAGCGAAAUUAUAGUUCGCCGGUAUC